AUGCAAUUCGAAGUAUCUGUUGCUUUAAAUUUUCUUAUUGCCUAUCUUUACAAUAAACUACCCCGCCGUCGGGUAAAUAUGUUGGGCGAACAAAUGCUCGAACAUUUACGCAUUAAAUUUCAAGGUCAUUGGUAUCCCGAACGACCAACAAAAGGUUCAGCAUAUCGAUCAAUACGAAUUAGUAAAGAAAAAGUUGAUAAAGUUUUGGUUAAUGCUGCGAUUGAUGUUGGUUUGGAUUUACAAGAAAUACUUGAUACAUUGCCGAAUGAUUUAACAAUUUGGAUCGAUCCAGGUGAAGUUUCAUAUCGAAUUGGAGAAAAAGGGCCAGUAAAAAUUUUAUAUGAAGAUGAACGACGUUUAGUACGCAAAAGUACCAAUAAAGAUAGUCUUAACAGUGAAUCGUCAAGUGAUAGUGAAGAACGUGAAGGACCAUUAUCUCACCAAGAUUCCGACCUCCCCAUCCGUCCGUUUAAUCCCGAUGCACAAAUAUUUCAACCAAUACCUGAUAAUUUUGAUACAAUCUCCUUACUUUCCAAUUCUAUAAAUAGUCUUAUCAGUUUAUCUCCAACAUCAUCAUUAGCAUCUAAUAAUCAGAAUUUGAAUUCAUCGAGUGGUUCAUCAUCAUCAGGUGUUGGUGCGAGUACAACUAUACCAGCAUGGAAUACUAAUGAACAUUCAUUAACUCCAACUGUAUCGUCUCCAACAGUUGGAAAUAGUCCAAGUACAGCUCUUUUGAAUAAAACGAUCUCAACACCUGUUUUCUCUCCUCAAACGUUUGCUCAAACAAAAUUUGGUUCAUUGAAAUCGAAGCAUGCUGGGAAACGCAGUCAAUCAAAAAUGUUACCAAGUGAAUUUUCCGCUUAUAUCAAACAAAAAGAACAAAUUCAACAAUCAAGAAUCUUACCACUCUCGUUCAUUGAUAACACCACUCCCAUAAAUCCAUCUCCAUCGGCUAUCAUCAGGCCACCAAAUUAUCGAAAUUACUAUAAUCCAUACAUAACGCACACACAAGUGAACUCAUCAAUGUUUAAUAAUCAUGAUAUUUCAUUGAGACCGAAUACAUUACCAUUAUCAAACGGUCAGUCAUCGAUGUACGUCGAACAGCAAAUGGCAAGUUCAACUUCGUAA